GGUCCCGGUGCGGUGAUGGGGCCGCCUCUUCCCGCUCCCGGGGGUCCCUAUGAGCCCUCAGGACUCGCAGCAUUCAGGGACCCCCCCAAAGCCCCGGUUUUGGCGGAAAACCGGCUCUGCAGGCCGUGGGGGUCCCGCCUCCGUGCUCCUCCAGGCGGGAUUUUCUCCAUCCCCCCGCUGGAUUCCGCUCCCUGCGGGGCUGCAGCCCUGAGGGAGAGGCUGAGGCGCGGUAAUUAACGCUAAUUAACGAUUGAUGAACGCGUUUUGCCCGGUGUCACUGGUGGUGACACAGCUCCAGAUCGGACCCGAAUUCACCUCGUGGCGCCGUGUUUGACACCCACACGGACACAUCGCAGGGUUUAAAUCCCCCUUUGCUCGGUGUUCCCUCCAGCAGCAGGGCAGGAACAUCCCAGACAAUCCCCAGGAGCGUGUUUGGAGCAGCUUUCCCCAUCCAGGAGCGCAUCCCAUCCCUGCCAGGGCACUGCUGCUAUUCCUGGCUCCGUGUCCCUCCCUGCCAGCAUUUUGGCAGGUGCGGGCUCUCCUGGCCGCUUGUUUUGCCCCUGGAGUACACACGAGCACGUGGGCCGUGUGUCUGUGUCAGAUCCGGGCAGCUGCUUUGUUGCCGGUGUUUUUAUUUGAGCGGGGAAGCCGCUGACGAGCAGUCAGGAACGAGUCGGGCAGGUCUUGGCCGGGCUGGGACACAGAGCAGGCUGUUUCUCCCGGGUGCCAGUGUCGAUCCCUCUCGGUGUAUGUGUGGUAACAACAUGUCUGUCCCCCUCCUCGCCGACGCUGUCACCGUGUCAGGGGCAGAGCGGGAGACUGCCGCGGUCAUUUUCCUACAUGGCCUUGGAGACACGGGGCACAGCUGGGCCGAUGCUCUCUCCUCCAUCCGCCUCCCCUACGUGAAGUACAUCUGCCCUCACGCGCCCCGGAUCCCCGUGACCCUCAACAUGAAGAUGGUCAUGCCCUCCUGGUUUGACCUGAUGGGAUUGACUCCAGAUGCACCUGAGGAUGAAGCUGGGAUCAAGAAAGCUGCAGAAAACAUUAAAGCAAUCAUUGAGCACGAGAUGAAGAACGGGAUCCCCCCCAACCGCAUCAUCCUGGGGGGCUUCUCACAGGGCGGUGCUUUGUCGCUGUACACGGCUCUGACCUGCCAGCACCAGCUGGCCGGGAUCGUGGCUCUCAGCUGCUGGCUCCCCCUGCACAAGGCCUUCCCACAGGCGGCGAACAACGGCGUGAACAAGGACAUUGCCAUCCUGCAGUGCCACGGGGAGAUGGAUCCCAUGAUCCCCGUGCGCUUUGGGGCCCUCACUGCAGAGAAGCUCAAGUCUGUCGUCACCCCCACCAAGGUGCAGUUCAAAACCUACCCUGGUGUGAUGCACAGUUCCUGUCCUCAGGAGAUGAUGGCCGUGAAGGAAUUCAUCGAGAAGCUGCUGCCCCGGAUCUGAGCGCAGCCCCUCGGGACUGUCGCAGGGGAGGGCGCCGAUGUCACCGCCGCCCGUCUGUCCCUGUGACCCGCCCGCUGCGAACCGAAGCCAUGGCCCCCCCAUCCCGCCACACCCGGCCGUGCCCUGUCCUGGCCCCGCGUCCCCUCCGGCCGGGGCUGCCCGGCUCUCCCUGCUCCCGGAGCCCACGCGGGGCUGCCUAAGGCGAGUCUGGCAGUGGCCUUUUCUCUCCUGCUCUGGCUCCGAGCGCUUCCCGAGGGAGGGUCACCGGGGCUGGCACGGCGUGGGUGAGGUGUUCCUGUUGGGUUCGGGCUUUUUGUACCAGUAUUAGGGGCGGGACGUGGCCGGCCGCGGUGGGAGGAGCGGGGCGAGGCUGGGGCAGCCCCGGGGCUCGGAGCUCUGCCCUCGGUGGCCGCUCUCGGCCUCCCCUCAGGCGAUUCACGGGUUUUCAGUGGAGCUCAGGAACCCGGGACUCCCCUGCGGACGCCUCCAGGCCCCGGGGCAGGCUCUGCCCUGGGCUGGCACCGCCAAAGGCUGCCCGGGGCCGGCAGGGAGGGUCAGUGCAGCUCCCGCACCUCCCGCCUGUCACACACGCACACUCCCCUCAGCUCAGCCAUCGGGGCAGCUCUGCCCUCCUGAGAUAAUCACCUCCUUCCACCUCCUUCCUCCUGCUCCUCCUCCUGUUGCUUUUACAAUCUCCAUCUCUGUCCUGCGGGGGUCCCAGAGGCAUCUCCCCCUCCCCAGCCCAGCUCUGCACCCUGGGAGCCCCCAAGCUUCGUUUACACUCAAGGAGCCACCGGCCCCGUCUUUAAUGAACGUCUUCUCUUGCU